UCGAACAACAACAACAACAACGAUUGAUAAAAAAAAAUCCGAUAGAUUUAUUUGUGUUUUUUGCCGGUAUUUCGGUCCGGCUCGAUGAAUAUUUAUCAACAACAACAACAUCCUCAUAAAAGAAGAGAACGAAUGAUUAUGAAUUCGAAUAAUAUCAAUCAUUCGAUCGAAUCAAUCAUCAUCGAUAUAAUCGAUAAAAUAGCCAAAAAAAAUACAUACAUUACAUUGAAGAAUUAAUUCGUGAAUUGAAUGGAAAAAUUUCUUUAUUAAUUUUGAUUGAUUUCAAUUUAAUCCAUCAUCAUCAUCAUCGUAAUUGUCCAUUUUUUAUAAAUUAAUUUUCAACUUUAGCCAUCCUUCCAUACUACUGCAGUAUAGAAAAUCAGACAUACAGACUGAUUUUUUUGUUGUUGUUGUCAUUGUUGUCAAUUUAUAAUUCAUCAUUCAUUUCAUUAUCAUUUUUCGUCAUCAUCGUAGUAGUUGUAUUACAUCAUCAAUGCCGUUGUUGAAUUGAAAUCAAAUAGAUUUUUUUUCAUCCUUUCUUUCUAUUGAUUGUGGCCACUACUUUUUUUUCUUCAUUGAACAAAAUCUGCCAAAACGAGCCGAAAAUAUCAACCAACCAACCAACCAACCAAAAAAAAACACUCCAAAAAAAUAAAUAAAUUAUAUAUAUUGACAAUUGUAAUGGAUUACAAGGACCGUAUCGAAGUGAAUCAAUUGAUUAAAGAUAAAAUCAAUGAACGUAUUACAAAACGUGAAACAUUGAAACAAGAAUUACGCCGUUUGAAUAGUUGCCGUGUACAGAUUGAAUGUCAAAUUAAUGAACAGCAUAAAAAUUUACAUUGUAUGGGCAUAAAAAUUGAUGAUCCAAUAUAUGAUAGUAAAUUGAAUGAAUUGGAUGAUUCAAUGCGUUCGAAAGUAAACACCUGUCGAGAUAGAAUCUAUGAUCUUCGUAAAGAACUUGAUGUCGUUUUAAAUGAUAUUAAAUCAACAUUUAUUGAAUAUAAUAAAUUAUUAUGACGCUUGUAAUAAAUUAUUAUGAUAUGAGAUGGACAAUCUAUGAUAUCUGAUCAUCUUCAUCUCCAUACAGAUCAUCAUCAUCAUCGAUGCUCAUCAAAUUUUUUCAAUUUUCGCAAAAAAAAAAAAAAAAAAUGUGCACACACAAAUGUGAUUCCGAAUUAUUCUGGCUGGCUAUUUUUUGUAUCAAUUGAUAUUUUGCAUAAUAUUUUUUGGUUAUAUCCGCACAUCAAACCAAUUGUUAAAUUUUUUUUUGUUUCUUUUUUUUUUUUUUUUUUUUUUUUGUUUAUUAUUAUUCUACUGCUUCACAAA